AUGGUGAAGAAAUCAAAGAAGCAAAAAUCAAUCAAACGCCCCAAAAGGGCAAAGGUUGAAGUGCAUCACUACAAAAGACCUCGACGUCUUGUGACUCUAGAGGAAUUCUUGCCAAGCUCAUUCGACACAAAGUCUAAUCAAGGAAAUGUCAAGGCAUCAUGUUUCAAUGUGGAUAAAGCACAAUCAAUGAAGGUGCCUCCUGCUGUAAAAGAAGGAACAACGAGUGAAUCCUCACCAAAAGUGUCUCCUGGGGAAGAAGAAAUAGAAACAAGGGAAAUCUCAGAAAUGAUGUCUCUUUCAUCUUCUGAAAAAUCUAUUGAACUUUCUUCCCAAGAAGCACAUGUUUGUGAUUCUAAAAUCACAUUUACAGAAAACGAUCUUCUAUUUGGUGAAGCACUACACAAUCGUCCUUUGUAUAUGGUGGGUCAUGUGCUAGAGAAAAAGAUAAAUAGAAUCUUAAUAGAUGAAGGAUCUGGAGUCAACAUUUUGCCUAUCCACACAUUGAAGGAACUUGGCAUCACGACUGGGGAAUUUAGUGAUAGUGGUCUGUUGAUACAAGGAUUUAAUCAAGGUGGACAGAGGUCCAUAGGCUCUAUUAAAUUAGAGAUCCACAUGGGAGAUUUGCGAUCAAGCGCAUGGAUGAAUGUGAUUGACGCAAAGACAUCAUACAACAUAUUACUUGGCAGGCCUUGGGUACAUGAGAACAAAAUUGUCUCAUCUUCUUACUAUCAAUGUUUGAAAUAUCUUGAAGGUGGAAUUGAAAGAAAGAUAGUUGCAGAUGAUAAUCCUUUCACCGAAGUGGAGACACACUUUGCGGAUGCGAAAUUCUAUAUGAGAAGUUAUGUUGUUAAAGGGGUUAAAUCCAAUGAUGUCAAAUCAAUCAAGAUUGAUAAUAUCGUAAACAAAAGAAUUGAUGUAGCUAUCGAAAAGGUUAAAAUUGACACUAAAGACUCCUGUCCCAUUCUUAAUGAAGGGAAUAUCUUGUCUUCAAAGAAGAAGAAGACUUCUAGGCUUUGCUAUGUUCCAAAGGAGAAGAAAAAACAAGAUCAACCAUCUAACCUUGAAAAAAAUGCAUUAAGAGGGCUAACAUUUCCUAUCAAACGGAUUGAUGCAAUAAACUUGUCUGAAAAAUUACCAGAAAAGUCAGUCGCUCAAGAUCAAGUGCUAGAUAUGGCUCUCCCUACAAAACGCACAAAAGAAGGUUUUGAUCCCAAUGCCUACAAGUUAUUUGUGAAGGCAGGAUACAACCCUAAUGAGCUAUCAGCACUAGGGAAACUACCAUCCGAAGAUACAACUAGGAAAGCGCGUGAAGGCCUAGGUUAUAGCCAACCGUCGCCAAUUCGCAUUUCCAUAAGAAGGGCCAGUAAUAAUCAUAUAACUUUUGAAGAUGACAUGACUGCUCCCAAUAAAAGGCCUUCCGUCUUUGAUAGACUUGGUGAAGCGACAACGAGAAUUUCUGUGUUUGAGAGGUUAGGUUCUCUGAAGAAAAAUAACAAUAACAUGAGAAGUUAUUUAAGAGUUACAAGGCCUACUUCACAUUUGGUUCGAAAGGAUUUCAAAAGUUUGAUUCCUUCUAGGAUGAGGCAACAAGUGGAACUUGGGGUUUCCUGUAAAGAGGAACUCAAGGCAAAGGUUCAUACUGUGGUUUACACCAAAGAGCGCGAGGAAGAUGAAGAAAGUGUAGGUUCCUCAAAUCAUGUGACAAUUCAAAAUGAGUACGAUUCUUUGCCUCAAAAGAAGAUUGAAGAAGAGGUAGAAGAUAUUUUCUCGUGUUGUCAUAUAUCGGUCAAUGACAAUGAUCCUAUGGAAGAGGAAGAUGCUAAAGAUGCUCCUCCAGAACUUGAAGAAGGAGUAAAGAUCACAAUAGAUCCUUUGAAGGAAGUUAACCUUGGCACUGAUGAAGAUGAAGAUCCGAAGCCAACUUACAUGAGUGCGUUUCUAGAAAUUGAUGAAGAAGUCGCUUACAUGAAUAUACUCAUAGAAUAUAGAGAUGUAUUCGCUUGGAGUUACAAAGAAAUGGCUCGAUUGAGUCCUAGAGUAGCGGUCCAUCAAUUGGCAGUCAAAAAUGGUUCUCGUCCAAUUAAACAAGCUCAAAGACGUUUUAGACCAGACUUGAUUCCAUUGAUAGAAAAUGAAGUUAACAAACUCAUUAAGGCACGAUUUAUUCGCGAGGUCAAAUAUCCUACAUGGAUUUCAAGUAUUGUUCUUGUGAGGAAGAAGAAUGGUCAAAUUCGAGUCUGCGUUGACUUUAGAGAUCUCAAUAAUGCAUGCCCUAAAGAUGAGUUUCCUCUUCCCAUUCUAGAGUUGAUGAUUGAUGCCACCACUGGUUAUGAGGCAAUGUCAUUCAUGGAUGGUUCUUCCGGAUAUAAUAAAAUCCGCAUGUCACCAAAAGAUGAAGAGCUCACUGCAUUUCACACACCAAAAGGUAUUUAUUGCUACAAAGUGAUGCCAUUUGGUUUAAAGAACGUUGGUGCCACAUAUCAAAGGGCUAUGCAAAAUAUCUUUGAUGACUUGCUCCAUAAAAAUGUUGAAUGUUAUGUUGAUUAUUUGGUAGUAAAGUCGAGAAAGAGGGGUGAUCAUUUGAAAGACUUAAGGAUGGUGUUUAAGUUACUCCGACAAUAUCAACUAAGGAUUAAUCCAUUGAAAUGUGCCUUCGGAGUUACUUCCGGCAAGUUCCUUGGCUUUAUUGUGAGACAUCGAGGAAUUGUAAUUGAUCAAGCCAAAGUCGAUGCAAUAGCAAAGAUGCCUGAACCUCGAAAUAUUCAUGAGUUAAAAAGUCUCCAAGGAAAGUUAGCCUACUUGAGAAGGUUCAUCUCAAAUCUAGCAUGGAGAUGUCAACCAUUCAAUCAUCUCAUGAAGAAAGGUGUUCCUUUUAAUUGGGACAAAACAUGUAGCGAAGCAUUUAAAUGUAUCAAAUCGUAUCUAGCGAAACCUCCGGUUUUGGCAGCCCCUAUACCUGGAAAACCAUUGAUACUCUACAUUGCAGCAAAAGAAAGGUCUGUAGGAGCCCUGUUAGCUCAAGAGAAUAGUGAAGGAAAAUAA